AUGUCAGAGUACUGGAAAUCAACACCAAAAUACUGGUGUAAAUUCUGCGCCGUCUACGUAAAAGACACCAAAUUCGAGCGCGCACAACACGAAGCCACAGGCCGCCACCAAGGCUCCAUCCAGCGCUCCCUCCGCGGCCUGCACCGCGAGCAAGAAGCCGAGCAGCGCACCAAAGCGCGCGCACAGGCCGAAGUCGCGCGUCUCAACGGCCUCGUCCCCACCGCAUCGCCAUCCGUCGCGACCGGCACUGGCGGACCACCCCCGACGUUCGAGAAGCGGGUUGAGAAAAAAGCGACAGUCGAGGACCGCAAACGGCAAUGGGAUCAGCUGGCUGCUAUGGGCGUGGCGCUGCCCGAGGAGGCGCGUACCGAUAUGGGCAUGGCGGGUGACUGGAAGGUGGUUAAGCAGGAGGUUGUUGGGGUUGUGAGUGGUGAUGGCGAGUUUAAGGCUAUGGCGCUGAAUAAGGGGGUGCAUAAGCGGAUGCCGGAUGAGGAUGAGGAGGAGGCUAGGGAGAGGGAGAUGAUUACUAAGAAGAAGGGGUGGGGGCAUACGUAUAAGACUUUUCCGGGGAGUAAGGGGGAGGUGGAUGUGGAUAGCUUGUUUGGUGCGGUGGGGAGGGAUGCGGGGGUUAAAGUGGAGCGUGAGGGGACGGUUGAGGAGAGUGUUAAAGAGGAGGUUAAGGAGGAGGGGGAGACGACGAAAUUGAGCGAUAUUCCUACGGUGGAGGAGAGCAGAGCGGGCGUUGCGGAGGUGGGCCGAAAUAAAUCGACGGACGGGGAAGCAGCGCCUGCGGUGACUUUCAAGAAGAGGAAGAAGAAGGCUUGA